UGACAGCGCGGCGGCGGCGGGGCCGGGGCAGCGGGAGCGCCGCCGCCGAGGACCAUGAGGAAAUUUAACAUCAGGAAGGUGCUGGACGGCCUGACGGCGGUCUCUGCCGUCGCCUCGGCGUCGUCCGCCGCGCAGCAGCAGCAGGCGGGGAACCGGGAGACCGAGAUCCAGGAGACGCUCCAGUCCGAGCACUUCCAGCUCUGCAAGACUGUACGCCACGGUUUCCCCUACCAACCUUCAGCCUUGGCAUUUGAUCCGGUUCAGAAAAUACUGGCCAUUGGGACUCAGACUGGAGCACUAAGGCUCUUUGGUCGGCCAGGAGUUGAAUGCUACUGUCAACAUGACAGUGGAGCUGCAGUAAUCCAACUUCAGUUCCUGAUUAAUGAGGGAGCUCUAGUGAGUGCCUUGGCUGAUGACACCUUACACCUGUGGAACUUGCGCCAGAAGAGGCCGGCUAUCCUUCAUUCCCUCAAAUUUAACCGGGAACGGAUAACAUUUUGUCACCUGCCUUUCCAAAGCAAAUGGCUAUAUGUGGGCACUGAAAGAGGAAACAUUCACAUCGUCAAUGUGGAAUCAUUUACUCUCUCAGGCUAUGUCAUCAUGUGGAACAAAGCCAUUGAACUGUCAUCCAAAUCUCACCCAGGACCUGUUGUCCACAUUAGUGACAAUCCAAUGGAUGAAGGAAAGCUUCUGAUUGGCUUUGAAUCUGGGACGGUGGUAUUAUGGGACCUGAAGUCAAAGAAGGCAGAUUACAGAUAUACACAUGAUGAGGCUAUCCACUCCGUGGCUUGGCAUCAUGAAGGCAAACAAUUCAUUUGUAGUCACUCAGAUGGCACCUUGACCAUAUGGAAUGUAAAAUCUCCUACCAAACCAUUCCAGACAAUCACUCCACAUGGAAAGCAGCUGAAGGAUGGAAAGAAGCCAGAACCCUGCAAACCUAUCCUUAAGGUGGAAUAUAAAACAACUAGAGCUGGGGAGCCUUUCAUCAUUCUCUCAGGAGGCUUGUCAUAUGACACUGUAGGAAGAAGACCCUGUUUAACAGUCAUGCAUGGGAAAAGUACUGCUGUGCUAGAAAUGGAUUAUUCUAUUGUUGAUUUUCUAACCCUGUGUGAAACUCCAUAUCCUAAUGACUUUCAGGAACCAUAUGCUGUAGUUGUUCUCCUAGAAAAAGACUUAGUACUGAUUGACCUUGCACAAAAUGGGUAUCCUAUCUUUGAGAAUCCCUAUCCUUUGACUAUACAUGAGUCUCCGGUUACCUGUUGUGAAUAUUUUGCUGACUGUCCUGUGGAUCUCAUACCUGCACUCUAUUCAGUUGGUGCUCGACAGAAGCGUCAAGGUUACAGCAAGAAGGAAUGGCCUAUCAGUGGAGGCAACUGGGGUGUGAUCACUCAGAGCUAUUCAGAGAUCAUUAUUACAGGGCAUGCUGAUGGAUCAAUUAAAUUUUGGGAUGCGUCAGCAAUAACGCUGCAAGUACUCUAUAAGCUAAAAACAGCCAAAGUAUUUGAAAAAUCACGGAAUAAAGAUGACAGGCCAAACACAGAUAUAGUAGAUGAAGAUCCAUACGCUAUUCAGAUCAUCUCAUGGUGUCCAGAAAGUAGAAUGCUGUGCAUAGCUGGAGUUUCUGCACAUGUCAUUAUUUACAGGUUCAGCAAGCAGGAAGUGACGACAGAAGUCAUUCCGAUGCUGGAAGUACGUCUCCUAUAUGAGAUAAAUGAUGUUGAAACUCCAGACGGUGAGCAGGUGCCACCUGUACCAACUCCAGGCACAGGCUCCAAUCCCCAAUCCAUUGUUCCCCAGUCUCAUCCAUCUACUAGUAGCAGUUCAUCUGAUGGACUUCGUGAUAAUGUCCCAUGUUUGAAAGUCAAAAAUUCUCCUCUCAAGCAGUCUCCAGGCUACCAAAUUGAGCUUGUUAUCCAGCUGGUGUGGGUGAGUGGAGAACCUCCUCAACAGAUAACCAGCUUAGCCAUCAACUCUGCAUAUGGCCUAGUAGUUUUUGGAAACUGUAAUGGUAUUGCCAUGGUUGAUUACCUCCAGAAGACAGUGCUCUUGAAUCUAGGCACUAUUGAACUGUAUGGCUCCAACGAUCCCUACCGCAGGGAGCCACGAUCUCCCCGAAAAACCCGGCAACCAUCUGGAGCAGGUCUCUGUGAUAUAAAUGAAGGUACAGUGGUGCCAGAAGAUCGCUGCAAGUCACCCACGUCAGCAAAGAUGUCCAGGAAGCUAAGUUUGCCAACUGAGUUAAAGCCUGAUUUAGAUGUCAAAGACAACUCUUUCAGUCGAUCCCGGAGUUCUAGUGUAACUAGCAUUGAUAAAGAGUCACGCGAGGCAAUUUCAGCUCUUCAUUUUUGUGAGACUUUCACAAGAAAGGCUGAUACAUCACCUUCCCCAUGCCUGUGGGUUGGCACCACGCUGGGUACAGUGCUUGUCAUUGUACUGAACUUACCCCCAGGAGGAGAGCAGAGACUUCUUCAGCCAGUAAUUGUUUCUCCCAGUGGAACCAUCCUGAGGCUAAAAGGGGCAAUCUUGAGAAUGGCUUUUUUGGAUACCACAGGAUCUUUGGUCCCACCAGCACAUGAAACCUGGAGAGAACACCAUGAAGAUAAAGAUGAAAAAGAAAAAGCAAAAAAGCGACGACCUGUCUCAGUGUCCCCUUCUUCCUCUCAGGAAAUCAGUGAAAACCAAUAUGCAGUGAUAUGUUCAGAAAAGCAAGCAAAAGUUAUCUCACUGCCAUCCCAGAACUGUAUUUAUAAGCAAAAUAUAACAGAGACUUCUUUUGUUCUUCGUGGAGACAUAGUGUCGUUGAGUAACAGUAUCUGCCUUGCAUGUUUUUGUGCCAAUGGACAUAUUAUGACUUUUAGUUUGCCCAGUUUAAGGCCGUUGUUGGAUGUGUAUUACCUGCCACUCACCAACAUGCGGAUAGCCAGAACAUUCUGCUUCACCGAUAAUGGACAAGCACUCUAUCUUGUCUCACCAACUGAAAUACAGAGGCUCACCUACAGCCAAGAAACAUGUGAAAAUCUUCAGGAAAUGUUGGGUGAGCUCUUCACUCUUGUAGAAACACCAGAAGCACCAAACAGGGGGUUCUUCAAAGGCCUGUUUGGAGGUGGGGCACAAUCACUUGACAGAGAAGAACUCUUUGGAGAAUCAGCAUCUGGGAAGGCAUCAAGGAGUCUUGCCCAGCAUAUUCCAGGACCUGGGGGUAUCGAAGGUGUCAAAGGAGCAGCAUCUGGUGUAGUUGGUGAACUGGCACGAGCCCGGCUGGCACUGGAUGAAAGAGGACAGAAACUGGGAGAACUGGAAGAGAAAACUGCAGCUAUGCUUUACAGUGCUGAUUCUUUCUCAAAACAUGCUCAUGAGAUGAUGUUGAAGUACAAAGACAAGAAGUGGUACCAGUUCUGAUGACUCUCAUCAAUCACAUCUGUUUAAUUUUGUCCUGAUGAAAAAAUCUUGUUUUUUCAUUAAUUUUGGCAGGACCACUGAUAUUUAAAGGAGUAUUCACCAUCGGAUACUGUUGUUUCCUAGCACAAAUGACACACUGUUUUACCUCAGUCCUGGCUUUAACUGAGGAGCUUUAUAUCUAAGAAACACACACAAAAAAAGAAACUUGAGUGUUUCUUAGCUGUUGGUUAGCAUAAAGUUGGAACAGAGAAGGUAGCUGGAAGAUGUGGGAAAGAGAGUAAAAGGAAAUCGUGGUGAGAUGGGCAGGGGCAAUGCAGGGUCAAUCCUGUGUUAAUAUUUCAUAUGCCAAAAGUUUUUGUGCUAUUGUAAUUGCUGCCAGUGUUAUACCCUCCUGUAAGGAGAGGCAAUAAAUCAGGGGUCCAAGAGCUGGAAUCGAGCUGUUUGUCUUGCUGGACAGUAGCUGACUUACAAUUGCCCUCUCUAGGACUCGCUAUAUUUACCAUUAUUGUUGAAGAAGAGUUGAAGUUUCCUGUCAUUCUUUCAUUUAAAAAGCUGGAAGCUUGGAAGAUUUCUUAUUGAAAAUUGUAUACAUAGUUGACCUGUGCAUAGUCUUUUCUUGGACCCCUGAUCUAGUAUUCUUGUAUUCACAUCAUAUUCUGUGACGUGCAAAACAAAAGAAUACGUAAUUUUUGCAUUAAAAAGUCAAGUGAAUAAUAUGACUGGAAUGUGUCAUGCUGGGAGUUUUCGUUUGUGUUAUGGCCGUGCAAUGUGAAAUGUGGUAACAUCUUCCUUGUGGUAAGAAUUCUUCAAUUUCUGUUCAGUUAAAUAUUAUUUUUGCCAAAAAUAGUUAUUGGUUCAGGUUGUGUAACAUUUAGAAUUGGCUGUGGGUUCCACUCAUGCUGUGAAUUUUUAUAAAUGUUUAACAGAAUGUAUCUUUACAGCCAUUAAUUGAAAUAGCUGAGAUAGUUUUGCUCAAGACUUAAGUUCGAGAUGCCCCUUUAGUCCUUCACUAGGAAAUCAGAUAAUCUUGGACUCAGGUUUUCAAACUUCCGCACACCAUGGAGGUGCUGAUGCAUGAAUAAUGGCAAGCAAGCAUUUAAUACUUGAUAAUUGUCAGUAUGUUGUUUGGCCAAUCUCUAAGUUCUGCCAGUAGUGCUAUUUUACAAGUACCUGUCUCAGCCCCGUGCAGCACUAAAGGCAUUUGUCCUAAAGUUUGGAUUUAAUCUCUAAAGCAGUGUUUUCAUUGUAAGCAGUGGUAAAGUGUGCAUAAAAACUUUAGGAAUUGCUGAAAUAAUGUUCUAUUUGGGUGACAUAAAUAAUACAGCUGAACUAACUUGUUAAUGGCUACUGCACUAAAGCUGUAUCAGUGUGAAUAACCAGGGCUCUUUUUAAAAGAGAGUAUUCCUUAAAAUAAAUGCUUGCAUUUCAAAAAUUCCUUUAGACAUUUUUUCUCAAAUCAGGAAUAGUCAUUGACUCGUUUUGUUUUAUAAAAGGGAGUACUUAGAAGCUGAUAGGUCUACAUUGUCUGAAAUUAAUCACUUAGGUUUGCUUCUCCGAGCAUUGCAUUUUGUGUACUUUUUUCACAAACUUCCUGAAUGUUCCCAAAGCAAAACUUUGGUUAUAUUUGUAUUGUGAAGUGAUGUUGCAGUAACACAGAUAAGGCACCUUACAAAACACCUCAAGGAUGCAAAAUAUUGAAGUUACUUAUGGUUCCUUAAAUCACUUUUCAAAUGAGAGAAAAAUAUGUUCGGGCUUUGAAGCACAAACUGAUACAUGUUCUCACUUUAGGUAGAGCAACAUUUUAAAAAGACAGUUGAAUUGUGUUGUCAGUAAAAGGGCAUGCUCUACUAUGCCCACUGCUCAAAGGACUUAAAAAAUAACAAUGUGACAAUUCAAACAAGCAGUAUUAUGAUUUCUUGAUAGGUCUGUCCCAUAGCUACUGAGGCAAUGUUUACUUGAGUUACUUAACUCAGUUUGCCAUGCAGUAUUUGCCUCUGCAUGUUAAUUUAUUUUUUAGUGUCUAAUUAAUGCCUAUUUAACACCAUUUUGUGAGACAUUCAGGUAGAAGAAAAUGAGAUAAACCACCAUCCAUACCACAUCCAAAAAAACCCACCCUAGCUGACACUUGACCCCUUCCUUGUCUCACAUUUAUAAAUUGAGUUGACUCAUUAUUAUGUGACCUGCUGAAAAUGAAGUACAUUUCAGGGCAACAGAAUACUGAGGAAUUAAUCUGGUCAGGCUCUGGGGGAGAGGAUUGCAAAAGUAUUCUUCAACAAAUUAUGGUAUCAAUCAAUGGAAGAUGACCUUGGCUUGAAAGGAAAGCCUACUUAACUUUCUCAUCAAGAUGUAUUUGACAACCACCAGCAAGCAAAAUAAUCAGAGGCAAUGAGAGACCAUCUGGCAGUACCAGAGGAGUAGCGGCUGAUUUGGUGUUACAGAAUCUAUUGUAGUUGAAUCUCUUCUGGUGCUUGUGUUCAGGGCAUGCUUCUAGAUAGGAAGAAUAAUGGCAUGGUUGUUAUUGAGAUAAAUACACAAAUGGUUCUUGGUCAAUAAAAGGGGCUAUGUACAAUUUUAGUCUAAAAUGUUACUUUUUCCUUCCCAGUGGACGGAAGGCGAUCACACACCCAUCAUUGCAUCUUAUUGUGCUAUUGGUGGUGCACCUUUUGUACAGCAAAGUGUAUUGAAAUCCUUGCAGGGAAGCAUCCCUGGUUUUUUCACUAGCAUUUUAGUUGUGUGACAUUUUUUAGAGUGUCUGGAAAACUAAAAAAAUACAAUUGAGCUAUUACUUUUUUUUAAAUGAAAGUAAGAAACUACCUGCUGCUACCUAUCUGUUUAUAUGUAGUGUGUCUCAUUAGAAACUGUAAACUGAAGAAACUUUUCUUCACCUUAGUCCUGCCAAAUCGUAACUUUUGAUUCCUGGUAUGUGUAAAUAUGUGUGUAUUCCAAAUCAGUCUGAAAAUGUUACACCACAGGCAUCUCCAGUGAUUUGUUCUUCAGCAAACAGUCAGUUAUAAAGUAGAGUAAUAUAUAGCUGUGUUCUUUGUCUGUCUUUAUGCAAAGUUUUUGUGCCUGAGGUGGUACUUGCAUGGCAGGAGAUUGGAAAGCUACAUCCAAAGGAGGAUUUUUGGAAGCAAGUUCAUUUGCUUUUUUUUCCUUUUAGUUUUCCUUUUAUUUUCCUUUCUAUGUUUUGGUUUUGGUUUUUUUUAAUUUCAUUUGUUUUAGUGGUGUUUUGGUUUGUUUGGGUUUUUUUGAAGGGUGGGAAUUUUUGUUUCAUUGUUUUUGUUUCUUUUAUUUUUCAUUUUUGCUUAAUUAAUGGCACUGAUCUUACCUGAACUUUUAAACUUGAAUUUUUCCUGCACUUUAAUUCAAUCAUGGUAUUUUAUUCCUUAAUUUUGUUUCUGCAUUUGUGCAGUUCAGGUUCAUUAUUUGUAUAUAAACACACAUGUUCAAUAAAGACUUUAGAACAGAUUACUUUCAGGCACCUUUGCUAAUUAUGUGAUUUAUUUAGAAUGUGUGUUUUCUUAGCAAAAGAUGUAUAUACAAUAUAGAAUUUAAUGAAAGGCACCUAUUCUGUGUCAGCAUUCAGUUUAUAAAUUACUGCAACGCUUUCGCAUUUGUUACUAGAUAAUACAAAAGAAAUCUGUUAUAUUUAUACAUACUGCUUAAGAAUAUACUUUUAGUUUUAAAUAAUUUUUAUAUGUACACUUCUACCUUUAAUUUUAAAAAGACUUGUGUUCAAGUUUUAAGUCAAAGUACUUAAAGUAUGUAUAUUAUCCAUAGAAGUUGUUUUAAGCUUAUGAAUACAUUCAUAUCUCAUAUCGAGAUGAUACAAUUACUAAGCAAUUAAAACAAAUAGCCCAUUUUGCUUUGCAGAAAAUAAUCAGUUAUUUUUACCUCCCAUUAUGAACUUCCUUGAAUAAUUCUCCAAGUAUGGAGCAAGAAGAUAGGGAACUAGCCUAAUAUUCAAGUUUUCUCAAUAGCUGCAGUCCGUGGCUGACUGGUUUUCUAUGGGUUGGGUUUUUUUCUGGUACACAUGAGAGACUUUUUUCAGCUCUAUUUCUUGAACUUUUAAAAUUCUCCAAAACUGAAGUGAGGUUUGUCCAAUAAACAUUUUCUUUGAGUAAUGUGCGUAUUUUGAUUAUACAUCAGCUCUUUACAUGUAAAUCAGGGUUGGUUUUUAUGUGGGUUUGUUUUGUUGGGGUUUUUUUGUGUCUGAAACGUGUUGGAAAAAUUAAAGAGUCUGUGGCUGAAGUGCCCACUACUUUCUGCUUGUAGUUUAACAUGUCUGGGCAGGCACUGACUGCAGACAGUCCAGUGUGGGAGGGAGGGACUGCAGUGCCUUGCCUCCCUUUCCAGGUAGAAGGGCAGCCGGUCACUUCAAUCUUCCCUCGUGCCAGCCAAUUUCCUGGGUAAUUGAUUUGAGUCUUUUUGGGUGGAUGUUGAUAACUUUGCUACUACCACAAAAUCUUCAAAUACUCUGUAGACAGAAAUUAAUGAUGCUUGAGGGGUGGAAGUGAACAGAAUCAGGGGGAAAAAGUGUGUAAUGUAGGUGAAUCAGUUAAACCAAUUUUACUUCCGUUUUCAUUGAAAAGCUGAUCUGGGCCGAUUUCUUCUUAAGCCCAUUAUAAAGAUGUGCUAUAUAUCUACCUUAUUACUGUUUCAAAUCCCAUGAGUGUACUGUUUCUGGGUUCUUUUCCACCUUAUAAAGUUUGGACUUAAAGAUGUAGGCAUUAAUUUUUUAAAAGUGGAAAAAAAGGAAGAGAAAUGAGGCAGAAACACCAAACAAUCAAAUGGAAGAUGUCAAUCAGUAUCUUUUAGAAUUUCCAUGUGCACCUAGAAACGUUUAAGCUUACCUACAGCUGUAGGUUACUUUGACACUUGUAUUUUUCUGUUAGUACCUAAGUUCCAUAUUAACCAGGCAAAUAACUAGAAGUUAAACUGUUUCAGUUGAAAACAUGUAAGAAGUUGUAUGUGGAUUACCACUACCAUUCAGUCAUAGGUGAUGGAAAGGGAGAGGGGUGGGAACAUGUUUUAAAUAUUCCCUUUUAAAACAGAAUUGUAAAUAAGCAGUACUGUGUUAUUUUAGACCUGAGCUCUGCUAUCUGUAGUGGUUAGAACUAGGAAAACAUGCUGCUUUCUAGUUAUGCUGCUGUUUCAUUGUACCAGCACCAUGGGGGAAAAAAUACAUCCGUAAAUUUUUCUAACAUUGCCCACUCCUGGGUAAGCAUGCUUGAUGUGUAGCAGUUCUCGUUUCUGUAUAUGUUAGUGUGUACAUGAGUGUUUUCUUUUUCCCUUAUGUUCAUUGCAACUUAUUCUUCAGUUAAGUCUUGCUGAGCCCCACUAGCUCUUCUGAGGAUGAUUACUGGAAUAUGCAUUUUUAGGUAGGGUUGCAAAUCCAUCUGUCUACAAAUAUAGUUUCAUAUGAACUGCAAACUGUACUGUUACAAACUCAACUAUGUUAGAUUGCAUAGAGUUAUUUUACUUACAUGUACUUGGACUGAACUAUGUCAUCAUAAUGAAGUUAAAAAUUAAGUAUGGAAUAUUUUUGUAAAUAAAAAUACCUGUGCAGCUGGUAUUUUAAAUUUAAAAUGUAUUAUACAUUAAUGUUUCAGAAAAAAAUGUUCAUAUAUGUGUAUAUGAAUGUGUCAUUAUGCUGAAGGGCUCUUGAUUGGGCAAAAUAAACUAUUCAAAUCUCUCCUGAAA